AUGAAACUCGCGAUUCUGUCACAGAUUGCACUAUUGGCAAGUGCCGGUCUCGGCCGAGAAGCCAAGGACUCCUUGUGCUCCGAUAGUCUGACGGUGCAAACCGCAACGGGAACCUUUACCGGUAUCAUUGACCCCGAGUUCCCAAACACGCGCCAAUUCCGCGCCGUGCCCUUUGCCGAGCCUCCAGUGGGGUCGCGCCGCUGGCUCCCGCCGCAGAAGCUCUCCUCUCCGCCCACUGAGCAUCACUAUGCCACGCGCUUCCCUCCGUCUUGCCCGCAAUUCGUGACGGCGCUGCCAUCGCUGUUCAAUACCAAUCUGACUUCUGGAAACUUGAUAUACAAUGGCUAUCAGAAUGACACGUCGGGCUUGGUCGGCGAAGCCACGUCUGAAGACUGCCUGUAUGUUGCAGUGUGGACGCCCGCUGCUGAUGCGCCAAAGCCCGACGGCGGAUUCCCCGUCGUUUUCUUCAUGACCGGAGGAGGCCUACUCAUGGGCGGCAUUGAUAUUCCCUGGCAAAUGCCAACCUCGUGGGUGGAGCGGUCGCAGUCGCACAUAGUUGUAACCAUCAAUUACCGCCUAAACAUCUUUGGCUUCCCCAAUGCCCGGGGCCUUGCCGACGGGGACCAGAACCUGGGUAUCCUCGACCAGCGCGCCGCCCUGGAAUGGGUGCACGACAAUAUUGCGGCCUUUGGCGGCGACCCCAGCCGCAUCACUCAGUGGGGCAGGUCCUCGGGGGCCGUCAGCACGGAUAUUCAUGCGUAUGCAUUCCGCGAAGACCCCAUUGCCCAGGCCUACUGGUUGCAAUCCGGCUUGAUUGUAGAUCUGGAGCUUGAAAAGGAUACGACGUACUCCAACUUUACCUAUGUUGCACGUCACGUUGGGUGCGAUAUACCCUGCAGCGAAGGUGAGGACGUGGACGGCACUGCUGAGCUCGACUGCAUGCGCCAGGUGCCCAUGGCCCUUAUUGAAAACUUCAUCGGACAGUACGGCGAUCGAGGCGAGACUCCCACGCUAACAUUUACCGUAUUUCCUGAUGAUCGCAUCGUCUUUAGCAAUUACAGUGCGCUGUCCGAAGCAGGCAAAUUCGCCAGGAUACCGGUCAUAAUCUCCAACACGGCCAACGAGUAUUCUUCGCUCGUGUCAUGGCCGGUGGACAACCUGACUGCUGGUCCAGACCAGGCAGAAGUCACGGCUUUGGAUAUUGAGCUGGGUGUGUGCCGGACAUACUUGUCGACCGUGUAUCGCACCCGCGUGGGCGUGCCCGUCUUUCGAUUCCAGUAUGCGGGCAUCUUUCCGAAUCUGAAUUAUUACUCGUGGCUCGGCGCCUACCAUGCCAGUGAUAUACCGAUAUCCUUUGGGACGUACAGACUUCUGGAUCACGUUGCAAACACUACCCAGUUGGAAAUCGAGACCAGUGAUUCGAUGCAGGACCACUUUCUUGCCUUUGUCAGGGACCCGUUCAAUGGCCCACAGCAGACCAUGGGGUGGCUGCCAAUGGAUCCAAGUGACCCUGAUGGUGGCGAUCUCAUUCGUUUUGGGGCAGACGGGAAAGCUGUUCAGCAUAUCCCUGGUGUUGAGGUAGACGGAGUGUGCUAUGGCGUGGGAGAGUAUAACCCGUUUCCAUAG